AUUAAUAAACCAAAAUAUCUGUCAACAUCACCGCAGUGUAUCACACCAGUUCUAUCACUACAAGAUGCCCGACUUGAUUGCUAAGGUUGAGGGCAAAGAAGAUAGAAUCAAGAGUUAUAGUCAAUAUGGUUGACAUUGAAAAGGCCCUAAAUCAGCUUCCAACCUAUCUCACCAAAUAUUUUGGUUGUAAGCUGGGAACACAGAUCCAAUUUGAUGUUAAGAAUGACUAUUACAUUAUCAAUGGAUCUCAGAAACAAAGAAGCUGCAAGACAUGUUGGACAGAUUCAUUAAAAAAAAAAAAAAUGUUCUUCUGUCCUGAGUGUAAGAAUCCUGAAACAGACCUGCAUGUCAAUCCAAAAAAGCAAACAAUAGGUAAUUCUUGUAAAGCCUGUGGGUACUGGGGCAGGCUUGACAAACAUCAUAAACCCUAUACAAUCAUUCUCAAAAACCCUCCUGAGAAUAAUGACAUUGAUAUAGAAAAGAAAAAAAUGGAAAAGAAAAAUAGAAAAGGCAAGGACAAGGAAAAUGGCUCUGUAUCAACCAGCAAGACACCACCACCUACACCACCAAAUGAAAUUAGUACUCCACAUGCUGUGGAAGAAGAGGAAGAUGAUGAUUGGGGGAGGAUACAACUGAGAAAGCUCAAAGACACAGAAUGGAUGAAAUCAGUGAUCAGGCGGAAGGUCUGAUAUCUAUCGAUGAUCUGGAAAAAGCUGUAGAAGAGCGUGUUAACAUCCUGUUUGAUUCUGUAAAGCAGAGAGAGAGA